AUGGACAAUCCUACUGAAGGACCUGAUCCCCCAGCUGGGAACCCAUCUCCUGCUUCCCCUAAAGAUCAAAGGAGUGAGACGGAAAAAGUCAAAGACGCAAUUCGUGACAGCGACGCAGAAACUCUGAAAUCACUGCUUAAGAAAGACCCUAGCCUCGUCGAGGAAACCUUCAGUUAUGCAUUCAAUUCGGAAGAACCGAGCAUUGUUGACAAAAAUCUGACUCCAUUGAUCCUUGCCGCACGUUUAGGCCGCUCGGAAAUUGUGAGAGUACUCCUCGACUAUGAUGCCGAUAUCUUGGCCAAAGCGAAGGAUGAGGAUCUGAGUACACUUGAGUUUGCUCUUCUGCUUGAGCAAGAAAGCCAGAGCAUUGCAAGAAUGAUUCUUGAAAAGGGAAAACAGACACUCAAGGGAAAACAAACACUUAAGCUUUUAGAGUCGAGAAAGGGACGGUAUGAGUGGACACCACUCCUUGAUAGGACAUUCAAUAACAAUUUGGAUGCCGUCAACCUCCUACUUGAAUACAACGCAAAUACCGAUGCCACCGAUAUUGAUGGUGAUACAGCGCUUCACCUGGCUGCCAUGCAGGGGUACACCGAGAUCGCCGAGAAGCUCAUAGAACGAAAUCCUUCAGCAUUGAACAAACAAGACAGUUCUGGGAACACUCCUCUUCACAUCGCGGCCAUGUGGGGAGGAGUGGCUAUGGUUGAGCUUUUACUCAAGAACGGAGCAAAGCUAGAAGCGCAGAAUGCCGAUGGAGAUGGAGCAAUGCAUCUCGCUGCCCAGCAUGAUCAACGUGACAGCCUUGAGAAAAUGUUUUCCAAGAGACCCGAGGGAAUUGACUUCUUGGGGAUGCAAAACAAACUCGGCGAAACCCCAUUUCUCACCGCGGCUAAGUUUGAUGCAGGCUCUUCUGCUAAAUUCUUACUUGAUAAGGGAGCAAAUGCAUCAGCGCGGGAUGCAACUGAAGAUACCGCAUUGCACCUCGCUGCGAGGAAAGGCUCUCUUGAAACGGUCAAGCUGCUUGUGGAAAAUGAAAUGCAACUCAAACUUCGUGAGUCAAAAAAUGGAGCCGAAGAGACACCUCUUCUGGCGGCAAUUCAAUUUGACAAAUAUAAGGUGGUGGAAUAUCUACUUCAGAAUGCCGCAAGUCUCGAAGCUACUGACGCGUACGAGAACUCAGCACUGCACCUUGCUGUGAGCUGUACAAGAGGGCCGGACUCAAGUAUGCUAAUGGCGCUAUGUUCUCAGAAUGAAGCUGAAAACAAGAUGCUGAAGAUGAAAAACGCUUCUGGCGAGACCCCAUACCUAACCGCGGCCAAAUUGGGAGAUGGUGACGCUCUCCAGUUCUUGGUCAAUCAUGGAGCAGACUUACAAGCACGAGACAAAGAAGGCAAUACUGCACUUCACCUUUCUGCGAGCUUUGGGAGGAUAAAUAUCGUCGAGAUUUUGCUUGACCAGAAACCUCCUGAAACCGACCUACUAGAAGCGACAAAUACUUCGAAAGAGACUCCCUACUUGAUCGCAGUCAGAUGCGGUCAACAGACUGCGGCUCAGUCCUUGCUUGAAUAUGGAGCAAAUCCUGAGGCUUUGGAUCACGAAGGAAACACUGCCAUGCAUCUUGCUUCAAAGCAUGGACACAUUGAGAUCGUCAGGGAGCUCUCACUCGCCAAAGAAAAACUGGGAGGGCGCCUGAACGUGCACGGUGACACUGCCAUCAAUCUUGCAGCUCAGGCAGAAAAACUUGAAGUCCUUGAGUAUCUGCUUUCCUUGAACAAAGACUCUUCUCUGAAAGAUAUCAAAGUACCGGAGGAGAAUAUGCAAAAGGAUUUCUUUGAGUCUGCAAAGAAAGGUUAUGUCUACCUUUUCAAGAAACUUCUGCAAAAUCAAAAUGACCUUCUAGACGAGAAGGAUCAGUCUGGAAGAAAAGCACUGGACCUCGCCAUUGAGGCGAACCAGCUUGAAAUUCUUGACUAUUUGCUAACCAGAAAGCAGGAUUUUGACACCAAAGACAUGGAUACAGCCAGCAUGUUUUGUGAAUCUGCAAACAAAGGGUGUCUGCAACUCAUCAAGAAGCUCUUGAAAGGCUGGAAUGGGCUGAUAAAGUAUCGAUACGAAGGAGAAAAAACUGCUCUUCUCAUCGCAUGUGAAAAUGGACACACUGAUGUUGUUGACUACCUAUGCGAUAAUGGGGCGGAUAUUGAGGCCAAAGACCUCUGGGAAAUGACACCAUUGCACAGGGCUGUUAUAGAACGACAUGAGCUUAUUGUCAAGUCUCUUGUGAAACGUGGAGCAAAUCAAGCGGCGACAAAUGACCAGGGAAGGAAUGCGUUACAUAUGGCCUGUUACAACGGAGACACUUCGAUUGUCAGAGUUCUCUUGGGUGAUCAACCAGACCGCGUGAAAAUUUCAAUCUUUGCGACAGACUCUUAUGACGAGACACCAUUGUGUAGUGCGAUUCACUCUGAUGAAGAGGAUGUCAUAUUUCAAAUCUUGGAGUCUGAUCACUACUUUCCUCAAACCUUUGUUCAAAAUCCAACAAAAGACCUUUCAGAUUGGGAGAUAAUUUUGGUUUCUCAUUGGCUGCGACAAUGGGUUCAACCAAAAGAGCACGACCAAAAGAAGAAGGCCACUCAGGAUGAGAAUGUCAACCAGGAACAGAUGGCACAGACCAAGAGAGAUAGCCGAAUUAAAUCCCUCAUCUGCUGGGCGAUAUUGAAUCGUGACAAAGAUUUGCUAAGACUUGACAUAUAUGAAGGGUCAUUUCCUGCAUUGGGCGAAAAUGGGGUUCAGCAAGGUGCAAAUUGGUUGCAUCUCGCUGCUCUUGUCGGAGAAUGCGAUAUUGUGGAUGAGAUCCACGAUUUGGUUGUCAAGAGCCCCAGAACACGGAAAGAAAAGCCUGACCAAUUCUGGGAUGACUUCCUCCAGGCCGAAGCAGCUACAGGUAUAACGCCAUUACAAGUUGCUGCUAGGAUGGGUCACGAUGAGUUGGUUUUGUAUCUCCUUUCACGUCUCGCUGGAAUACACUCGAAAUCCGGAGAACAAGAAACCGGGGAUGAAAUUGUCCGAAAUAUAAUCGACCAGGUGACAGGAGGCCAGGAACCACGGACAAAGGUUUUGCAGGCAAUUAUUCAAGAAACAGAAGGAGAAGAUAACCUGAUUACCCUCACUGUUGCAAAAGCAAUGCAGACUUCAUCAAAGACAGUUGCCGAGAGCCCGAAGGAAAAUUGCUUUCAAAUUCUUGAGGAUCGGUUGUGGAAGGUAGUGAUCUCAAUUGUCAAUGAUUCUGCAUACUUCGAGCUCCCUUGCAACGAGAAUGCAGAGCUUGUCAUCAAGACCGUGCUAUGGAGAGAUACUAUCUUUCUCGACCAAGCAGCAGGAAGCCGGGAAUCUCUUCACAGUCUGAAAGAAACACUCAAACUCAACGACUCAAACAAUCAUCUGCACUGGGCUGUUGACAAGAAACAUCCUGUUGCUGUUCAUUGGCUGCUGUCGAGUGGGAAGUAUUUCACUGAACACCAAAUCAGAGAAUGUGAGAAGACCAUGGGAUUAUGGACUUCCGAUCAGACCGAUAGAGACCUACUAAAGUCAUACGAUGGAUUUAUCAUGUUGCAAUACUCGAUACAGUCUGACCUUGAAGAGCGGAUGGGAAAUCUGCAGUCAUUGUUCGAUGAAAGACCCAAGAUAGCUGAAAAUUCAGCGUCCUCAAUUGACCAGUCUCUGGGAAAUGAAGUGGAAACGGAGAGUCAAAAAGAUACUGCUGCUGCGGUUGAAGAAAUUCAAAAGAGGAUUGAAAUUGUUAGAGAGUCUACAGCAACGAUUAAAACGAAGAAACGGGAGAUUGAAAGAAAAGUCGAGGUUGAGAGGCAGAUCCAGGAGCUCAUAGAGAGCCCUCCUCCGGUGCGCCUACGAAAAGGUGACACAGAGUCUCCACGGUUUCAUCGUUCGAUUCUAGUCAACGAUCAACAAACAGCCACUGUGCUAGACCUCUUUGUUGAAGGGAACCAGGUGAUACACAAGCAGAUGAGGAAGUCAUUGCACGCCAUCAUAUACGAUACUGGGCCUGAACGCCUUAUGAAAGAGAGGAAGGCGGCCCCAUCCUACCAAGCAUUGAAGAACAUUAUCUUCCACCCCGACAGAUCCGGAGACACUUCUCAAGGCCUUGAGCAUCCGCGCAAUAAGAACAACAAGAUUCAGAACACAGGAGAGGGGCUGACCGGGACCCGAAUUGCAAAAAAGAAAAUCAGAUGGAUACAUAUUCCUGUGAACAAUAACUUCAUUCAUCAAUCUCUGACACUUGACCAAUACUACUACGCUGCCCUUGAGGACACAGACGCCAGAGAUCGCGAUCAGGUCCUCAGUCGAUAUUUCAAAAAUCUCGAUAAAGACAAAGCUCUCGCCAAAAACAAAGCUCUCGCCAAAAACAAAACUCUCGAUAAAAAAGAGGACUUGCAGGUGGAUCGCGGAACUACAAAGCAGGAAGAUGUGAGGAGAAUAGAUACCAUUAUAACUAGCACGACACAGGAGCCAGAGAGAGUCGAGUAUCCUUUUCUCCAGCGGGUCCUCCGGGAACUUCCUAAUCAGAAUGGUAGCUUGAAUCUUGAAGCCAGAGAUAUUGCGGAAUUGAUCAUGGACACAGCCGCAAAGCUGUUCGAUACUCAAGAGAUUGAAACUGUUUAUAACAGCAAGAAGUCUCCCUUGGAUGUGUUCCGAGAAUCCUUUCAGCACGUACGCGACCAAGAAGCAAGACUGUUCAAGGAAUUCGAGAAUAGGCUCAAAAAAGAAAAGUGCGAAGCUCAUUUUGGUGCUACGGAUGAAUCGGAAGAUGACACCGAUAGCAUCUUGGACUCGGAUAAGCCUGCCACUUCUGAUCACGCGGGUUCUUGGGUUUACAUUCGAAUAUUGUGGGAUCUCCUGACAGAGAAAGAUGGAGAAAACCUCUAUGACGACAUUUUGACGGAAACGAAGCUUUUGGUGGACGUGAAAGACAUAUUGGACGAGCUCAACAUACUGCGGAAUUUGGUUGAAAACCAACAACACGUGUAUAGCCUUUGGAGAGGCAUCGAGCAAGAUGCUAAGACAACCCGGUUCAAGUUCCCUCAUCUGGUAGAAAGGCUGGAUACGAUUAAAACAAUGAUUGGAGAUGCACAAGGUGUCCAAGAGGCCAUCAAAUCACUAUUGGAUCUGAAGCAAAGGGAAGCCACAAUCAUCGAAGCCCGGACAACACGCCAACAGAGUGACAGUGUCAUGGUCUUUACAGUUGUUACAAUCAUAUUUGUAAGUGUCAGUCUUUGA